CAACAUGCGCUGGCCGACCCCGGCCCCGCGGCUGCCCCACGGCGGCCGCGAAGGGCAGAGCGGCGGCAGCGGGCGGCGCGGAUGGAGUCGGCCCCGCGCCGCUGCCCCGCCGGCCGGCCCGCCUGCCCGCGGCGGUGGCGCCGGCGGCUGCGCGGGCGGCGGUGGGCGCUGGCGGCCGGGCUGCUGGGCGCCGCCGCCGCCCUGGCCCUCUACGCCCGCCUGCCGGAGCCCGCGGCGACGGCGGGAGGCCGGCCGGGCGGCGAGGUGACCGUGCUGCUGUGGUGGGAGCCCUUCGGCCGCCCGCGGCGCACGGCCGACUGCCGGCGGCGCUACAACAUCACGGGCUGCCGCCUGAGCGCCGACCGGAGCCGCCUGGGCGAGGCGCAGGCGGUGCUGUUCCACCACCGCGACCUGGCGCUGCACGGCGCCGAGGGGCUGCCCCGCGGGCCCCCGCCGCGCUCCCCGCGGCAGCUCUGGGUCUGGAUGAACUUCGAGUCGCCGUCGCACUCGCCCGGCCUGCGGGGGCUGGCCGGCCUCUUCAACUGGACCAUGUCCUACCGGCGGGACUCGGACAUCUUUGUGCCCUACGGGUACCUGUACGCCCCGCCGGCGCCCCGGCCCUUCGUGCUGCCCCGCAAGACACGGCUGGUGGCCUGGGUCAUCAGCAACUGGAACGAGGAGCACGCCCGGGUGCGCUACUACCGCCAGCUGAAGGAGCACCUGGCCAUCGACGUGUACGGGGCGUGGGGGCUGGCGCUGGCCGAGGGCGGCGUGGUGGAGACCGUCUCGGCCUACAAGUUCUACCUGGCCUUUGAGAACUCCCAGCACACCGACUACAUCACUGAGAAGCUUUGGAGAAAUGCCUUCGCUGCCAGCACUGUGCCCAUCGUCCUGGGGCCCCACAGGGCCAACUACGAGCGCUUCAUCCCCCCCGACUCCUUCAUCCAUGUCGACGACUUCCCCAGCCCCCAGCUGCUGGCCACCUACCUGAAAUUCCUCGAUAAAAACAAAACCAACUACAGGAGGUAUUUUGCCUGGAGGAAGAAGUACGAGGUACACGUCACCUCAUUCUGGGACGAGCACUUCUGCAAGGUUUGCGAGGCCGUGAGGGCAGCCGGGAACCAAAUCAAGACUGUACAAAAUCUGGCUGGCUGGUUUGAAAGCUGAUGCUCCUGGCAGUGAGGCUGGGCUGGGCUGCGUGGGGAAGGAUGGGGCUGGCAGGGGUGGGUGGCCGAGGUGGGACGCAGCAGGCUGUUGUCAGCCCGUGAGGCGCGCAGGUAUGGGUGAAGAAGCUGUGAAAAGCCUACAAAAGAAUGGUUUUCCUUAAAGUGCAAAAUAAGGAGAGUACAAAGAAACAUCUGGCAAGAUGAUUCUUCAAGAGCAAAGAUAAAUUUCCAGAGGUUGAACAGAUCCGUAAAGGUUUCAGUUGUGCACAGCUCAACAAAAAGCCGAUGCCAAGUUCUUCAGCUGUACAGCUGAAACCAAUUUUGUUGGCUAUGACAGCUUCCUGGACCACGAAACUUUCUUCUGCUUACAGGGGAUACAUCAUCAGCCCUGGCUUUCCGUACUCUGAAGACGAAAGUGAAUAUUUUUAACAGUGAUUUUUAUGCAUGUGAAAACUCUUUGCAGACAAAUUCUGAGCCGCAAAUGUUGAACGUAAGAAUGUAAUGAUACAGUAGCACUUUUUAGCGAUGUUUGAAAUUGCAGCAGCCACCUUUUUUGCUUUGAGCCAAAUAAUAAUUCCAUUUAGGAAAAAGUGUAUGGAGGGGAGUGGAUCCAAGUGGAACAAACUGCUCAGAUGAUGCAGAGUAUUACUUCCACUGCCUACCAAAACCAUAGGCACAUUUAUCCUGUAUAAAAGUGAAGAACUUUUAAGUAUGGGAAAAGAUAGAUUGUAGAAAAGAAGUUAGAACAUUGCCACCCUCCUUCAUUCAGGAAUUAGAAAAUGUUUACAGGAAUCUGCUUGUUUUUCUUCGCAAAAUUACUGCCGUAUAGGAAAAAGCAGGGAAAGGCUCAAACUACAGAGUUUUUAUUACUAUAUUGAACAUGUAUACAGAGAGGCUAACUUAAUUCUUUAGUAUCAUGAGACAGUCCUGUUGUUUAGUGAUGGUUUUGGUUUAGGGCACACAUUUUUAAAAAUUCUGCUGGGUGACAGACUACUCAGAAUGCCACUUUGAUGUUUGUAAACCAGUAAUUACCCACCCCCCGCUAGCUAAACUGAAGUCCCAAAUCACUGACUUCCAAAAAGGCUAGUAAGAUCUAAGAACAAGAUCUGCUGGUAAAAUACAGAUUGUGUGUGUGAGGAGAGAGUAUCAAAAGGGCAAAAAAUUACUAUUCUUUUUCCUUGACUUUGAGGGGGGGUUUCCGGCUCAGUUUUUCAGUCGUUAAAUAGGUUCCUAAGAUUAAAAUUCCUUCUCUUAGUGCUUACCGGGAACAUUUAUGGUAGUUAUUCCCUUUCAGACUGCCAUUCUGCCAGAGUCUUCCUAAUAGUCAGCGUACAGUUACUUUUUGUUUAUGUGUGAUCUUGCUUGGUGAAAUCCAUCAAGAAACUUCAGUCGUGAUUACACAGCCUCAGGAAGCUGAGCCCUCCCUGCCCUUUGCAACUAUAAGGUUUGGUGGCAAAAAAUGAUAACCCACAAGAGUCCUGCACAAAUGAUUAAGGGAUUCAUCCAGCUUCUAUUUAAGGAGCUGGGUAAUCCAUGGAGUUAGCCAGAGGCUUCACUUGAAGUAAAAUCAUGGGCACAGAACAGGUGGGGAAAAGGGAAAGUCAGUUACAAAUAAAAGGUGGGCGUCAGAACAGGUGAGUUUAUUGGCAUUUGUGAGUCAUAUAUAGAUUAGAAGAGGAUUAGACUUGACUUGAGCGGUACAGGUUGUCAGGUAGUUGCUUUUAAGAUUUAUGAGCUGGCAGCCUACUGUAAUUUAUUUUAAAUUUUAUGUUCCCCAUGAUUAGGUAAGCAUAGAGCCAAGGAUUGUUGGAAAAAAACCUAAUAAUAAAGAAGUUCAUUAAUAAUGCACACAGAUUUACCAGAUCGGAUCUUGCUGGCCCCUAUGUUUAUUCACUUCAUUUUUUGUGCAAGGAAGGAUGGCUGAAAGUACUUCAGGAACCUUUCUGUUGUUAGUGCCAGAGUUGCUGUAGAAAUUUUGUUAGGAAAGGAGAGAAGGCAGUCAAUGCAAUGUGGAGUGUAGUAGGGCUGGUCCCUAAUGGUGCAUUUUCACUUGAACUGGUCUUAAGUGAUUGUUUAAAGCAAAAGCAUGUUCUUCUUGGUGUGCCUAUCUUGUUUCGCUACCAGUGGCUACUACUCCCUUAAAAUUGGUUUUGAUAAUCUUACAAAUCUAAUUUAAGUAUAGCAUUAAUAGCUAAGUGUCAGGAUGAUAGAAUCUGUCUCGCUUUGAAUUAGCCUUUUUUUCUGGUCAGUUUUUAUUGCAGUUCGUGUAAAUGUAUACAAACCUCUGAUCUUAAAAGUGGUGGAAUAAUAUUUAAGAUUGUACUACUUUUUAUCACUCUUGCUGAAACUAGUGCAUUUUUUUCAGUCCUUCUAAAUUUUUUAGCAUUUUCUGAAAGUUUCCAGACACACAGUUCUGUGUAUUAGUGAUGCCACAGGCAGAAGAUCAGGCUACGGGAGCACGGGAAUUUCCACGGAUGGCAGCUGAUACUUUUUUUUUCAGCCUCUCUAAGAAAAGCAGUUGAAAUCUUUGAUGAACUAGUGUUCUGUAAAAUUCAGAGAAGAGCUAUGCAAUAAUUAAACCAUCAUGUUUGAAUAAGAUGAUCACAUUGUGCUAUAUUUGUAAGUUACAUAUUGAGUAUUUUCGAGAGUUGUAUAAUGAAAACUGCAGUCUUGCAAUAAUUAUUGCAGAGUACUUGUGUUGGGAGAAAAGCAGCCUUUUCUAGUUUCAGCAUUCUUACAUGCGCGUUGCACGCUUUUCCCUUUAGAUUUGGAAGGAAUUCAGUCUUGGUCUACAGCUGCUGAAGUUGGUAAUACAGCACCUCUGUAAAUCUGCUUUGCUUCUUGGCUCAUCCACUCCACUGGCUAAUAGCUAGUGUAGGCUAAGAACUGUUUCUUGUAAUUCACUUUGUAGAGCUGAAGUUUAAUGAUGAAUAAAACAUUUGCUUGAGCAAAUUGGUUUGUAGAUCAGGUACCAGACUCCACAAAAUGUUGCGGGUGACAUAUAUAAUCCAUCUGUAAAAAUUAAGCAAAGUUAUUUUCUAUUUUAAGUAGAAGAGUCUUUCUGAAUAUGCUUUGAAAAAGUGUUUUAUUCCAUGCCUUAAAAUAUUGGGGUGGAGGGAAAAAAAGGAAGAUAAUUUUCUUCUGGUUUUUAUAAGGAGAAGAAGUAAUGUUACUUUUUGAUUAUGGUGUAAACAGAAUAGAGAAGUAUGUGAUCCUUUAAGUUACAUAUUGUAUCUCAGGGAAUUUUAUACUGUAAAGUCUCUUGAUCUUCCUAGAAUGAAGUAACUUUGUAUAUGUAUUAAUUAUUUAGAUUGACACUCCAUAAAAUUAAAGAAAGGCAGUAGCACAAAAUGA